AUUGGCAACUGUUGUCCGAUUUGAACAAAACGUGUCAAUCCAUGCAAACCAGAAUUGUUGAACUCAUAGAACUGGUGGCCAAUGAAGAGGUCACUAACGAACUGUUGAGAGUUAACGACGAACUCAACAAUCUUUUCCUACGAUAUGAAAGACACGCCAAGAAACACAAACCACAGCAACAAAUGGCAGCAAUGGCUGCGAUGGCUGCACCCAAACCCACGCCGGCCUCAGAGCCCACUCUCAUUGACUUUGACUCGACCGAAGAGUCGGGUGUCGCUAACCGUUUGGCAGACAUUCAAUUAAGUGGUAUCAACGCUACCGCUUCCCGACCUAUAGAGACAACUGCUGGUGAUUUGGACUUUGAUGUGUUCGCUCAGUCCAGAGGCACUUCCACUAAAGACAACACCACUACUAAUGAUUUAAAUUCAGUUAAACCACAACUCAAUAAAUCGAUGCCAAUCCCUGAUAUGAUACCACAGGCACAACGGGAACAAGAUUUUGAUGAGAUGGAGAAGUGGCUGAAAGAGGACCCAUCGCUGGCCGGCAAUGAAUUCGACCGCUUCUUAGCCGAGAGGGCGACGGCUCUC